AUGAGCUUUCUAGUCAGUCUUUUGGUCUUUAUGUUGGCAGCUCAGGUUCUGAAGGCUCAAUUGGUUGCUACGGGUUAUCCAUCUCUUUCCAAGCAGGGAUCCUACAGUGAGGACGUGUAUCGCAUUUCGGCAGACACCAGUGUGCGGGACGCUCGGAAGGCGGGAGCCGAGGUGGUGAAGCAGGUAGCCAAUCCUCUUGUCUCCGGUCUGCUCUAUCCUUUGCUGCAGGCUUUGGACGAGGAGUACCUCCACGUAGAUGCACAAUUCGGCGGAGUGGAUCAGCGCAAAAUCUUUGUCAUGGCGGAGCGGAUCCUGCCCCGUCUGGGCUAUCGUAAGCGCAUCCAUCUAAUGAAUCCAAUGGUGCCUGGUCUCACAGGAGACAAGAUGUCUGCCUCUGAGGCCGCCUCCAAGAUUGACCUUCUCGAGAGCAGUUCUAGUGUUCAAGCCAAACUUGCUACUGCUGCAUGCCCUCCUGGCCAACGCGCUGCUGAGGGCAACGGUGUCCUUGCCUUCAUUAAGUUUGUCGUCUUCCCGCUUGUUAAUCUGGCCGCACCUGGUUCUGGUGUGAAGGUGGGAGACAUGAGCUUUGCUACUUUUAAUGAUCUGGAAGCCGCCUACGUAGCAGGCGUGGCAGAAGUGUCUCCCGAGGCUCUGAGGGCGUGCAUCUUUGAACAUCUGGAUCCACGCAUAGAGGUGGUACGUCAACGAUUCACGGAACCGCGGCUCCUUAAGCUUUUGAGCGAUGCAUAUCCCGCUGAUGAUGCCCACUGUGUCGAGAAACACGCAGCAGAAUCUGGCAGCGCUUCACUCACUGCCGUGUUCAGCGAUGACGGUCUAACCGAUCUAAAGAAUCGUCUUUCCUCAAUUGAAUCUCAACUGCCUUCACUGGAGCCAUCCUCUUUAAAGUCCAUUGCAGACCUCUUGUUGCUCAACCUUGAGUCUCUGCAGCCCUUAACGUCUCGCCGAGUGCUCCGUUGUAUGUGGUCCAUUGCUCCUUCUGGGGUGCCACAUUUGGGUCAUACGUUACCACUGCGACUACUAGCUCGACUUUCGUGCAUUUCGGGAGUUCAUGUAAAUGUCUGA